UGAUGAGCAGUAAAGUGAUGUCGUUACUGCUGAUUUCAGCGCUGAUGGUCCGCUGCACCACGGCUUCUCCUCGCGCCAGGGCGGACUCGGGGGUGAUGUCGGAAGCUGGCUAUGAGCGUGAGCAGGGACUCGAACGCCUAGAUGGAGACACGUUCUAUCCCAGCGAGGAGGAAAGAGUCGAGCGGCACGCUGAUGGCAUCUUCAACACAAAUUAUCGCAAAGCCCUUGGCCAGCUCACCGCACGCAAAUACCUGCACAGCCUAGUGGCCAAACGUGUGGGUGGCGGCUCGUCGUCAGCAGAGUUGGAUCUGUCCAAGCGCCAUGCGGACGGCGUCUUCACCAACGGCUACAGCCAGUACCGAUCCAAGAUGGCCGUCAGGAAGUACCUCUCCGCCGUGCUGGGCACCAGCCCGGAAGAUGUAGAGCUCCCAUUGGCUGUGGCACUGUUGGUGGGCGGGCUAGAGCUGGGCGAAGAGCCAGUAGGAGAGGAGAUGGCCCUCUGGGCACUUUUAGGGGAGCGGCUCACACAGGUGCCCCCCCAAACCCCCUCGGAGAAUUGACGUGAGCAGCGUGUGGAUGGAGAAGCAAAAGCCCCAUCUCACGCCCAGC